AUGGUCAAUGAAAGCAGAUUACUUGUUAGUGCUUUUGAUUCAACAGAGAGCAGCUCUGGAGAUUUGCCAGAGUCCAUCAACGCAUCGUCGGGAACAGUAGACAUGAGAUUCAGUGUUCUUGUUGUUAUUCCUGCUGUUAUUCAGCUUAUCUUCUGUGUCAUCGUUCUGCGAGUCUUCUACAAACUUCCCAAUCUUCGUACAUCUGCCAACUUUCCCGUCAUCAAUUUGAUUGCAUCUGACUUUGUGCGAGCUGUCGUCGGAUUUCUAGCGGUUUCACUCUAUAGUGGAUCACAAAGUGGCGAAGAUUAUAGGAUUUCACGCACAGAUACAAUACUGUGUAAAGUGUUUCUGUAUUGCAGCAGCGUUCAAUUUGCUUGGUCAAGUUGGGCGAUUGCCAUACUGUCAUACAGUCGUUCUGACGCCAUCGUCAACGUGCUCAGUCCGACUUUCAGCACGAAACGUUUCUGGACGCUAAGCGUGAUAUCUUGGAUAGGAUCCAUACUGACAGCUUUGCCUCCAUUCUUAGGCUGGAGUUCGUACGGAUACACGAUAGUAGAAAAGAAGACUCACCACGUGUGUGGUAUAGGUGGUGGUGGUCGCAACGGAAUUCUGCACGCUCUCUUUCUGCCAUUGUUCUACUUUAUUCACUUCUUAGUUCCUACUAUUCUUGUCAUUCUGCACUUUUCUCGUAUUGUGCGAGCAGUUCAACACCGAGGUGCGUCAAACGGGCCAUCCAACGUGAUCAUGUUAGCCCACUUUUCCUCACCCACCGACCAAUCACGACAACCAUCGACGGCAAGUCAAAUUAAAGCUGUCGUCAAAUCUAAAGCAUUCCUUUACAUUGUCAUCAUAAUCAUAAGCAAUGUGAUUUUGUCGCUUCCGUUUGUGUGCGUUCAAUCGUACAAGGCCGUCAUUUCAGAGCUCAGAUUACAUCAUAAGCAAGUUCCAAACGUUCCAAUUCAAGUCACGUCAAUAUUGUUGAUGGCAAACUUCAAUGUCAACUCUCUUCUUUACAUAUUUUGGAUCAAAACAUUUCAACACGCAACAGCCGCAAUGUUCCCAUGUCGUCGCCAUUAA